AACUCGGAAAAGUGGAUGCCAGGCUCAAGAGACAAGUGGGAGAUGCUCUCCUUCGCUGUUGUCUUUUUUUUUUUUUUUUUUCCCCUCUCCUCUACCUCUUUUCCUCCCCCUUCCCCUUGUCUUUUGAUCUGGAGUUUCUGCCUCAGAACGGGGAGAGCCUGCCCGCCGCGACACCGCCGAGUGGGACGGGCACGAAGAGCAGUCCCGGGCAGGCGGGUGCGAGCGAGCGGCCGUGUGGGAGGGGGCCGGAGCGCUGACAGCCGCCAGGGUAAAUGCUCGCUGCUCCGGAGAGGCGUGCCGAUGCUCUCCGUGCAGCCCAAGGGGAAGCAGAAGGGCUGCGCUGGCUGCAACCGCAAGAUCAAGGACCGGUACCUGCUGAAGGCUCUGGAUAAGUACUGGCAUGAAGACUGCCUAAAGUGUGCCUGCUGUGACUGCCGUCUUGGAGAGGUUGGAUCAACUCUUUACACAAAAGCAAAUCUCAUUCUCUGCCGCAGAGAUUACCUGAGGCUCUUUGGUACCACCGGGAAUUGUGCUGCCUGCAGUAAACUGAUCCCUGCCUUUGAGAUGGUGAUGAGGGCCAGAGAUAAUGUUUACCAUUUGGACUGCUUUGCCUGUCAGCUCUGCAACCAGCGAUUCUGCGUGGGAGACAAAUUUUUCCUGAAGAACAACAUGAUCUUGUGUCAGAUGGACUAUGAGGAAGGGCAGCUGAACGGGAGCUUCGAGUCCCAGGUUCAAUAACAGCCCCUGCCUGGCUGGAGCACUGUGGGAUGGGCGCUUGGCCGCACGAGCAGCGAGGGCGUCUGUCAGCUUGCCUGCAAUAUUUUUUUAAUUCUUGGUCCAGAGAGGACUAUAUACAUUGUAGUACUUUUCCCCCCCAACACAAAGCAGUUACAAUUUUAGAUGUACAGUUGUGCCUGCUUAGCUGAGCACUGCAUUGCCUGUAUGUUUGUGAGUUUUUGGGGUCUGGGGGAGGGCUCUGUACAGUCUGUUUUCUGUAUAUAAACUGGAACAUUUAUUUUAUGAAAAAUGUAAUGCAAUUUUAUUACUGGUGUGAAUUAAAAAUUAUGAAUGUUUCCUGGUCA